GGGUUUGCUGACGAGUUUGCGACGUGGAGGUGCGCCACGUGCGCAUGCGCGGGGCCCUCCCUCGGGCUAGGGGUGGGGGAGGUGGUGCCGCCGGCCUUACGCCCGUGGCCGCUGCGCCCCGCGUUCCCCGCCUGGCCGCGGCGCCCCCGGGCUCCGGGACCGAGCCGGGCGGGGGCAUGAGCUGGUUCAACGCCUCCCAGCUCUCGAGCUUCGCCAAGCAGGCGCUGUCGCAGGCCCAGAAAUCCAUCGACAGGGUGCUGGACAUCCAGGCCGAGGAGAGCCCCUGGGCCCAGCCCGUCAUCCCCGACCACGGCGGCGGAACAAAUUCCCUUACAAGUGGAGGAUGGGAUACUUCUACCUGGGGAUUAAACUCAAAUAUAGAACCUCAAAGUCCGUCAAUAUCAUCACCAACAGCAAUCACCAAACCAGUUAGGAGGACAGUGGUGGAUGAAUCUGAGAAUUUCUUCAGUGCCUUUCUCUCUACAACAGAUAUUCAGAGUAUACAGCAGAGUCCAGUGGUGUCUAAACCUCCAACCAAAUCACAGCGUCCCAAAGAAGAAGUGAAAAGCACUUUAAAGGAAUCUCUAUGCAGCAGUCAGCCAGAAACGCUAGUAGAAACUGAGACCGAAGCAAAAGAUUCCUCUGCAUCUGUGCUAGUGGACUUGGAAAACCUUGAUGUUCCCCAGGAAAAACUAGAAGAAAGUUCUGCACUUGAAACUGAUGCUAAGCAUGAAGAGAAUACAAACAAAGGCACUGAUGAUAAGGUGGCGACUCCAGAUCUCAAAGUACCGGAAGUUGCUGUUAAUGUGAAAUCUAAUGCAGGAAAUGAUGGACCAGGAAGUGCUCCUGACAGCCCUGCACAAUCUCUUACUGCAGAGACAAAGGACUUGGGUUUGGAAAGUAAGGAACAGAAAAAUGAGGACAGACAAAGCAACACACCUUCACCUCCUAUUAGCACUUUCUCCUCAGGGACAUCCACAACUAGUGAUAUUGAAGUUUUGGACCAUGAAAGUGUAAUGAGUGAGAGCUCGGUAAGUUCAAGACAAGAGGCUACAGAGUCAAAAUCCAGUCUUCAUCUCAUGCAAACUUCCUUUCAGCUCUUAUCAACAUCUGCCUGUGCUGAGUAUAAUCGUUUAGAUGACUUUCAGAAACUGACUGAGAGUUGCAGCUCCUCUGAUGCUUUUGAAAGAAUUGACUCAUUUAGUGUGCAGUCGUUAGACAGCCGAAGUGUAAGUGAAAUCAAUUCAGAUGACGAAUUAUCAGGCAGAGGUUGUGCUUCAGCAUCUCUCACAGUCAGCCCUUUAACAACAAAGACUGAGAUGGUUGACCCCAUGAAAAAUAAAUCUAAAGAAGAAUUGAAUGAGACACUCGUACACGCAGAGGAAACUGAAAUGGAGGAAAGUGGGAGAAGUGCGACCCCUGUUAACUCUGAGCAACCAGAUGUUUUGAUUGCUGCUGUACAAACAGAUGAAGGACAGACUGUCAAAGAGGAGGUUCUGAUGCACCAGCAAGGUGCUGAAAAGUUGCCUAAAGCGAACUGCGAAAAGGAAGAGCUUUGCAAGAUGAUUGAUUUGUUAACUGAGAAGCUGGAGAAGAGGGAAACACAAUUAUUAAAUGUUAGUAAAGAGAAGGCAAGCCUGGAAGAAGCUUACGAUAACCUGAAAGAUGAAAUGUUUAGAGUGAAAGAAGAGAGCAGUAGCAUUUCAUCUCUUAAAGAGGAGUUUACUCAGCGAAUAGCAGAUGCUGAAAAGAAGGUCCAGCUAGCAUGCAAAGAGAGAGAUGCAGCUAAAAAGGAAGUAAAGAAUGUUAAAGAAGAAUUGGCAACUAGACUAAAUUGUAAUGAAACAGUUGAGCUAUUGAAGGAGAAGGAUGAACAAAUCAAAGGACUAAUGCAAGAAGGAGAAAAGCUUUCAAAACAGCAACUACACAAUUCCAACAUCAUUAAGAAGUUAAGAAUGAAGGAGAAGGAAAAUGAAAAUACUAAUACAAAACAGAGCAAAAAGAUUAAGGAGUUAGAAGAGGAGUUGCAGCAUUUAAAACAGGUGCUUGAUGGCAAGGAGGAGGUUGAAAAGCAGCAUCGAGAGAACAUUAAACAACUGAACAGUGUGGUAGAGCGACAAGAGAAGGAUCUCAGCAGACUUCAGGUCGACAUGGAGGAGCUUGAAGAACGGAACCGAAGUGUUCAAGCAGCACUUGACAGCGCAUACAAGGAACUUGCUGAUCUUCACAAAGCUAAUGCUACAAAGGAUAGUGAAGCACAAGAAGCAGCAUUAAGUCGUGAAAUGAAAGCUAAGGAAGAACUUGGAUUAGCUCUGGAGAAGGCCCAAGACGAGGCCCGCCAGCAGCAAGAGGCUUUAGCAAUUCAGGUGGCAGACUUGAGACUGGCACUUCAGCGAGCUGAGCAGCAAGCAGCAAGAAAGGAGGACUAUUUGCGCCAAGAAAUCAGUGAAUUACAACAGAGACUCCAAGAAGCAGAGAAUCGGAACCAAGAACUGAGUCACAGUGUUACAUCUGCCACCAGGCCACUUCUUCGGCAGAUCGAAAAUCUGCAAGCAACACUGGGAGCACAAACCUCUUCAUGGGAAAAGUUAGAAAAGAACCUUUCUGACAGACUUGGUGAAUCUCAAGCCCUCCUGGCAGCAGCAGCUGAGAGAGAACGUGCUGCUACAGAAGAACUUCUUUCCAAUAAAAUCCAAGUGUCUUCCACUGAAUCACAGAAUAGCCUCUUGAGGCAGGAAAACAGUCGCCUUCAGGCUCAGCUAGAAGCAGAGAGAGCCAGACUCAAGAAACUGGAAAAUGAAAACAAUAGAUAUGAGGUGGAAUUAGAAAACCUGAAAGAGGAGUAUGUGAAAACUCUUGACGAAGCAAAGAAAGAAAAGAUGCUGUUAGCUACUCAAUUGGAAAUGGAGAAAAUGAAAGUUGAACAAGAAAAAAAGAGAGUAAUUUUUGUACAAGAAACAGCAAAGGAAAAGCUGUUGUAUUUUUCAAAGGAGCGCAAGUCAUUUACCUUAUCAACAAUGGAAACUGUUUCGAGUACUCCAACAUUGUCACGCUCAAGCUCUAUAAGUGGAGUUGAUAUGGCAGGGCUUCAGGCAUCCUUCCUCUCUCAGGAUGACCCUCAUGAUCAUUCAUUUGGGUCAAUGUCUACAAGUGGGAGCAAUCUUUAUGAUGCUGUAAGGAUGGGAGCAGGUUCAAGUAUAAUUGAAAACCUGCAGUCGCAGUUAAAACUGAAGGAAGGAGAGAUUUCUCACCUACAGCUGGAAAUUGGAAACCUUGAAAGAACUCGAUCAAUAAUGGCAGAAGAGCUGGUUAAAUUAACAAAUCAAAAUGAUGAAUUUGAAGAAAAGGUGAAGGAGAUACCAAAACUACGUGCACAGCUAAGGGAUUUGGAUCAAAGAUACAAUACUAUUCUUCAGAUGUAUGGAGAGAAAGCAGAAGAGGCCGAAGAACUUCGACUGGAUCUUGAAGAUGUGAAAAAUAUGUACAAGACUCAAAUAGAUGAACUUUUAAAACAAAGACACAACUAAUUCCUGCUGAAACUGUAACUUUCCAACAAUGACAUUAAACUGUAAAGAGUGGUGUUUAUGUAAAUGCAGAAUUCAAAUGCCUUGUAAAAAAAUGUACUAUAAAAAUGGGAUUAUAUUGUAGAGUUCUUAUGUGGGGAAAAAUCAUUACGCUUUAACAGUGUCUAGUACUGUUGGCAGUUAAAUUAUUUGUGCAUUAUUUAAAAUGUGUUUAAAUAAAACCAUCCCUCUCUAUUUAAGGUUAACCAAAAGGUGGACCAUUAUGUACAGACAGUAGCACGGAGAUUAUUUGACUAAUGUAAUGUUACCUAACCAUACAGCACUGGAAGGCGUAAGGAUAAUGUAGCAUGAGGCUUUAUUAGACCUGCCCCUGAUAAUUUGCAGAUUACUGUUUUACAUGCUUUCAUGGGUGUACAGAUAAGAGUUAAUGUUGGAGGAUUUUUUUAAUGUCCUGAACAUUUUUUGUAUGAUUUUAUAGUACAAAUAAUAGUUGUUUUUUUAACAUGACUAUAAAUAGCAAUGACUUGCUGUGUGAAACUAAAGGGGGUAGAUAUUUUAGGCUUAGCUUUUUUUUUAUUAAGUGAAAAUUUCUGAUUUCUACUUUGGGGAUCUUGAACAUGCAAGAGUAACAAUUUCAUGUUUGUAGACAAAAUUUUAUCUUCAUAUAACAUCUUUUAUCUUCACUCCCCAAAGCAAGGAGAUUGACUCAAGACUGCUACUCUUGUUCUUAAACGCACUGCUCCAUCUUGAAUACUCUUUGUGCUGCAUUCCUGAAGCAUAAUGGGGCCAUUUAGAGACAGUUUUGCCUGUAACUGUAAAUCGAACUAAUGUCAACUGCAAUAAGCAAGACAGUUCUUUUGGUUCUUGUAAUUUUGGGUGCUGCUUUUUAACAGUACUAUUUAAAAAAACAAAAACAAAAAACAUGUAUAUAAAAUUCUCUUGACACAAAAUAAUUGCUGCUGCUCUUCUGUAGCCAUUCUUGGUCGGUCUGUCUGUCUUUAAACAUUUUUAAAAGUGGAUUCUGAUAGCCUGAAGUGGUUAGAAAAGAUCUCCCAUUUAGGAAAGGCAUUGGCUAGGAAUCAGAUAACAACCACAUAGCUUAGUGUAUAAAGAGCUACAUUUGGGGUCAUGUGUCAGAGGGAACUUCUGAAUCAGACCCUUGGGAGUGCUGAGAAGUAGCUUGCCUUCUUCCUCUUUGCAUUCCAGACAGCAAAUAGUUCAUUACAUCUCAGAUUUGUAGCAACGAUGGAUACUUAUAGUGUGAACUAUGCUGCAUAUGAAAUUAGCUGCUUAUCAUACCACUGCCUGCAAUCUGAGAGAUUUCUCUCUCUUCCUGUUAAGUUACAAAUGCAUAUUAAGUGUCAGAGAAUAGUCCCUAAUGUGUUAUAGCUCGGCAUUAGUUGGACUUAAUGGGACAUUGAGACUUGACUGAGGCUUGGUCUACACUAGAAACAUAUAUUGGUUAUAACUUCAUCGCUUAGGGAUGUGGAAAAUCCACACCUCUGAGCGAUGCAGUUAUACCAACCUAACUCCCUGUGUGGACAGCACUAUGUCAAUGGGAGGGCUUGGGAGCCCUCCUGUUGACAUAGGUAGCGUCUUCACUGAAGCGCUACAGCGGUGCAGCUGCACCACUGCAACCUUUUAACUGUAGACUAGCCCUGAGGAAUCAGCCUCUUCUAGAGAGAUACUUCUGUAGUAGGGCUUUCCUUCUCAGGGUCUGCCUACACUAGGUAUUUCUGCACUGAUGUAGCUACUCACGUAUAAAACGGCGUUUGCACUGGUGCAGUUUACACUUUCAAACGAAUAACAUCUCUAGAUUGGAGAUCUGCACUACAGGAAAGAAUCUCCAAUGUUAGCACUAAGGUUUAGAAUGAAAUAUUUAGAGGAUUCUAAUAAAGCAAUAGAGAAUUGUAAGGAUGCUAAACGUUAUAAAGGCCUGCAUCUGUUAUAGUAACGUUUAAAACAAUUUAAAAUAGCUGUUUUGUCUUGUGGGUAGUGAAUCCUUAUAGUUUCUUUUUCAUCUUGGAAACUAAUAUAGUUCUUAUACUAAAAGACAAACUACGAUUUUGCUUUCUUAAAAUGACAUUCAAUUGCUGGUAAAUACAAAAUACGGACUAAAAAUGUUCACUUAUUUUGCAGAGGGUGAAUCAUCUACGGGUUGGUUAAAUCAGUUUAAAUUCUGAUAUGUAAAUAUUUAAAAAUUGAGCCAUUUGUAAUGGAACCAAUGUUCUAGUAGAGUUAAACUUAGUUUAGGGCACCAAUUAAGAAUUGUUUUCACAUAGUAGUUUCCCAUUACAAAUGAGACAACCACUCAUCCAGUAAAAAGAAUGAACAGGUAUCUAAAAAAUGAAGAUAAACUAAUAGUGAUUUAUUCUUAGUAGACAAGUCAAGGACUACUCCCAAGAGAGAGACGCAUCUAGCUUGGCAUUUUUAUUUGACAUGAUUGUAGGUGCUUUUCUAAGAGACUGUUCCAUGCUUAAAAUAUGAGGGGGUAAUUUUCAGUCAAAAGAACUGAUAUAGCAACUGCUCUAUUCACUAAUAACUGCAAAUAUUUUUCAGAUGUUCUUUUCAGUAUUGAAGAGCGUGAAUAAAUGGGAAAAAGUAGUGUACAUUCUACACUCACUGUUUCUUCAUUGGUUUUAGAUAUAAAGUGAUAUGUCACGUACUUCAGGCCCAGAAUUUAAGUUUUACAAAACUUGAUAGAGAUUUUAUAAAUACUUUGAAUUCAGUGAAAAGAUGGCUUUUUGUUUGCAUUCAGCCAUUCUCCUGCAGUGAAACCAUUCACUAUACUAGUGCAGUAAAUUCAGAAGAUGAAACCAUCUAAUAUACUUUAAUCAUCAAAGCCUUGUGAAACAUAAAAAGUAAAUAACAUACAUGGUAAAAAGUAAAAUUUUCACCACUACAUUUUAAAAGUUUUGUUUUAAUCAUCUUGGGUGUAAUAUUGUUAGUUGUUUCUUUAAAAUAUUUUAAUAUACCGGUGUCCCUUAGAUGUAAUGCUGUUUUUGAGGUUGUCUAAGAGAAAUUUUUUUGGGGAAAAAUGGAUUAUAAAAAGAUUUUGGAAAGGUCUAACUUCUAUUCAAAUUAAUAGAUCAAAAUAUUACCCAAAGAAUAACUGUUUUGUCUGUAUCUGUUACAGUCUCCAGUAAUAAAUACUAUAUGCGUGUGAAGAAACAUUACCAUUUCAAGACUUGCUCAAAGUACAUUUUUCGAAUGGGGCCUGUUCUAUAGCCCACUGAAGGCAAGGGGAAGACUCCUGUUGGCUUUGGAUUAGCUCCAUGGUUGCCUAAUAGGGAGAAAUGAAGGUUCAGUCAAACACUCAUUUACUUUAAUGAGCAUUGCAUUGCGUCCUUAAUGAACAACCGGAGUAGAUGUUCCAAAUACCAUCUACCUGUAUGUGUGUAAAAAAAUUUAUUUUCGCUAAAGAAAAGUUAAUUUGUCCUGUUAUGAGACUGUUUUUGUUAUGGUUAUGUAAAGGGCUACAACUAUCUUGAAUAUAAGACAGAAAAUGGAUUAAUAUACUAUGAAAAUUGAACAUUUCAAUUCUGAUUGUAAAAUAAUGUAAAUAACCUGUAUAAAAAAGGGGUUGGGUAAAAUAAAAAUGGAUGCUAAUAGUG